UAGACACGUUCAUGCGCCAUUGAAUGGCCGUUGAGUCCACUUUUCUUGCUACCGUGUUUACCUGUACUCUUCGGUUUAGUAACCGCCAUUUCAUGGUUCCUAGUGACUUUUCAUAGUGUUUAAGGUGGUUUUCGAAAGCAAAGAAUUUGAAGAGUCUGACCCCAGUUCCUUUUCUUGUUCAGAGACUCAUCCUAAUCGAUUAGGAGCUUAGAGAAAAUCGAGCGCAAGAUUGUGUAGGAAGGCAGGGGAUGUGAUUUGGCCGUGUUGUUUACAGCAAUGGACGGCACUUUCAUUCUCUUUGUUGGCCUGACCUAGCGUUUGUUAUUACACCAACCUAUAAGAAGACAGCCAUUUACGUGGUUGAGACGGGAAACAGUGAAACUUUUCCAGGAUGUGACUUGUAGUGAGCGGAGCAAUGGAAUUCUUGAAGUACUCCGUUUAUUGUUGUGUUGCGCCAAUGUAUUGGACUACCUAUCCGCUUUGAAUGUUUCGUUCUUGAUUUCUUCUAACGUUCAAUUCAACGUUAUGGAGAGUCAAGCGGAUGAAUCUCCGAAAGAAGAACCCACAAAGCCACAGAAACACGUACAAUUUGAGCUUAGUAAUGUAACUGAGGAUGAAUCAAAAUUUAUUGAACCUUAUGUACCUUUGGUCGAUGGACCUCAAAAAGUUACAAGCAAAGGAGAAAACCGCGAGAAAACUGUAGGACUAGAGGCAGAUGAGAAAGCAGUUGGAGUUAGUCCAGACGGUCGGUUCCUAAAAUUUGACAUUGAAGUUGGUAGAGGUUCGUUCAAAACAGUUUACAAAGGUUUGGAUACAGAAACAGGGGUAGCUGUGGCAUGGUGCGAACUUCAGGAUAAAUAUUCAAAGGCCGAGCGAGCGAGGUUCAAAGAAGAAGCCGAAAUGCUGAAGCAAUUACAACACCCGAAUAUCGUGAAAUUCCACGACUCGUGGGAAACAAGAAUUGCGAACAAAGAUAAGAAAAGGGUUAUUUUAGUGACGGAGCUGAUGACUUCAGGAACACUGAAGACAUAUCUGAAGCGCUUUAAGGGAGUGAAGGAGAAAAUCCUAAAAAGUUGGUGUCGGCAGAUUCUCAAAGGCUUACUCUUUCUUCAUACAAGGACUCCUCCUAUCAUUCAUCGCGACCUCAAGUGCGACAAUAUUUUUAUCAAUGGCACAACUGGCCUGGUAAAAAUUGGAGAUUUGGGGCUUGCAACUCUAAAGAAAUCCUCCUUUGCUAAGAGUGUAAUAGGUACUCCUGAGUUUAUGGCUCCAGAAAUGUAUGAAGAGCAUUAUGAUGAGUCUGUUGAUGUCUAUGCUUUUGGGAUGUGCAUGCUGGAGAUGACUACACUGGAGUAUCCCUAUAUGGAGUGUCAAAACCCUGCCCAGAUCUAUCGCAGAGUUGUCAGUGGUAUCAAGCCAGAGUGUUUGGAUAAAGUUGGUUCAAAGGAAAUUAGACAGAUCAUUGAAGGCUGCACAAAAGCCAAGAUUGAUGAGAGAUACACUAUCAAAGUUAUAUUGAACCACCCAUUCUUUCAAGAAGACUGUGGAGUGAAGGUCAAUCUAGUUGAGGCAGAGCCAGGAGUUGACAGUGACACCAUAGGGCCUGUUGAUACAGUCAAGCUGUUACUUCAACUUGAGGACCCUAAGAAGCGCAAAGAUAAACAUAAAGAGAAUGAGGCAAUCCAGUUUGAUUUUAACUUGGGCACUGACCAGCCUGAGAAAGUCACGCUAGAACUGGUUCGACAAGGGUUUAUUUAUGAUGAGGACCAAAAGGCAGUUACAAAGUCAAUCAGGGACCGCAUUGCUCAAGUAAUGCUGAACCGGCGUAAUGCCAAACGUGAAGCCUCUGGUGAGGACAAAAAAGAAAAGGAGAAGCAGGAUAUUGAUGAGCAGGUCACUAAAACAGAAGGAGAGGACAGUGAUAAAGAACAGCAGUCAGCUGAAUUAGAUAAGGAGAAAGAUGACCAGGAAGAGAUGGAGUACAGUGAAGAGCCUGAAUCAUCAACUGCAAUUGCAAUAAACAUCCAGAACAGUUUCAGUGGUGGAAGGCGCAUUAUUGAUCCUCUGAUGCAAAGGUUGGAGGGAAUUGCAGAAUAUGGAGGCAGUCCACAUGCCACAAUUGAUGAGAGUACAGUUCCAGCUCCCCAGGAUACUGCUGAAAAGAAAGUAGACAGUGUAGUAGAGGAAAAGCAUCAAGACAUGCUACCUGGAACAGAGCCUAGUACAAACAUUACAGUAUCUCCACAGGAGGUAGAACCUUUGCCUUCAUCAGCUCUCACUACCCCUACUGAAACAACAUUCAGCACUGCUAUCACUGAAACUGCCUCUGUAUCCUCGGGUUAUGUCUCGAAUGCUUCAUCCUUGUCAUCAGUCUCUUCUGUAGUACCGUCAAUAAACGAGGUUACAUCCUUGGGAUCUGCUGGAUCCCCCACUUGUGGAAGCCAGAGCUCUACAACUAAUGUCACCUUGGUACCUGCCCCAACAGCAUCCUCAGAGAAAAAGGACGGCAAAGGAGCUGUUAAAACAGGAAAGAAGGAGCGACUACCCAGAAUUCAGUUGAAAAGGAUCGAGGGUUCUCCAGAGGGACCAGUGGUUGAGUGUAGUUUUGACACCUACAAGAAUAACAGGAUAACGUUUAAAUUUGGCAUUGAUGAUGAUGAGCCAGAUGAAGUUUCUGCAAACAUGAUGGAAGCAGGCCAUUUGCAAGAGUGUAACAAACCGCUGUUUGAAGAUCAGCUUCGUCGAAUAAUAGCUGAAGCCAAGGAAAGAGUACUUAAGGCCAAAAGCCAUCCUGGAGCGGAGAGCACAGGUGAAAGAGCAGUGCUGGAAACCCAGAUCUCAUCAGAAAGCCUUAGUGUAGGGGCCUCAUCACAACAGUCACUGGAGAGCCCUCAUCCAAGAGAGAUCCCUUUCUUUAUGGAUAGUCCUGCAGCUUCCAGCAAAGUGGAGGUAGCCUCACCUCAACCCGAAAAUGAACUCCCUGUUUCCGAAAUAUCACAGCCGGAUGAAAAGCAGUCAACCUUGACGGUAUCUGAACAAAAGGUCGAAUCUCCUGAGCAGCCUCCUGAUGUAGUAUCUCUGGCACAACAGGCAUCAUUGCCAGCAAAGGCAGAAGAAAAAGCCAAACAGCCAGUUGUGUUGAAUCCUGUGCCUCACCAGCAAGUUCAGCAACCUCAAGAAAACAAGCCCGUUUCUACUGCAGAAGGGAACACAAAUAUGGGUAAAGAUUCUGCGAGUGUUGAGGCCGAACUAAAAACUGGUCAGGAUCUUGUCCAAGAGAUGGGUUUAAUGGAGCCACUACCACUGACGCCAAAACCAGUAUCUGAAGAAACAAGUUCACAAACUGCUGCUAAUUCAGCCACUCAGAGUGACAGAAUUGAGACAGCACACUCGCCUGUUAGCAUGUUGCAGUCUGUAAUACCUCCUCCAGGAGCCACUAAAAAACGCUUUACUGUUAGGAAAGUUGACGAUCCUGUUUUAAACGUUGUGCCAUCAUCAGAAAGCAAAUUAGAGAACAAUGAACCUGAACCACCGUCAUUCGUGAACACAAGUAGCAAUACAGACCAAAACUCUGAAUGUGAACACAUUCCAAGAAAACCUGAAUCAGAAUCUCAGCAGGAACUAUCUGAUGACGCGGCGGUAUUGCAUGCUCAUUUGGAAAGAGAAGAACAAUUAUGUCUCACGCAGCAGGUGGCUGGUGAUACUAGCAGUUCGAAACAAAAUUGUCAUGCCGACAAAUCAGACAUUGGGCAAUCGUCAUCUGCUUUGCACGAAGGUGAACAAUGGGAAAAAACUUCAAAAGCGGAUGUUAAUUGCCUACAAAUCAUACGUACAUCGAGCACUUAUAGACCACCAACUCCAACAUAUGCUUUUCGUCCUGUUGACAAUUCCAGUUCGGAGGAUCAAGCUUUACCGCGGAACACUGUAAAAUUUGAAUCUCAGAUAUCAGGAGAGGAACUUAAUCCAGGCAAGCCUAAAGUUGAAUCUGUUUUAUCAUCAGACGAUGAGCUGCCAGUGAGUGCUCCCGCUGAGAAGGAAGGAGUAUCAUCCUUUGUGAAUGAAUUUGUUCAGGGAAGAUUCAUUGUAUCUGCGUCUUCUGACAGGCCUGACACACCGUCUUCCGAGAGUUCAGACCAAGCUAAACAUCCGUUACAACCUGUGGAAAUAACCCUUCAUGAUGUAACAACUGCUGCUGGUAUGGGAUCGAAUUCAUCAUUGACACCCAGCUCGUCAAUGGAAAGCCUAAACUCCGUUGGCUCUCAGCCAGGUUUGCAGUAUGUACAUGCGUUUUCCAGCUCACCUCAGACCAUUCUCCCCGAGGGACAAAGUUCAAAUAAUCUAGUUACAGGGUCUAAUAAAGAUCAAGUAAGAAAGAACAGUGGGCCAAAUGAUUUGCUCAAUGAUAUUAGUAGACAGUCACUUGGAAAGCAGGAAGGAGAUCAGAAGAAACUAGUUCAGAAAACAAAAUCCUUGCAGCAGUCCCAAACAGGCUUCGAACAGAUACUGCAGAUCUCAUUGGAUUUAUCUUCUGAAGAAGAGGAUGAAUUGAAGAAACUCCGUGCAAGACAACGUAAAGAAAAAGAUGAGCUGGAGAAAAAGCACGAAAAGGAAUUGUCAACAUUCAAGAAGAAAGUUGAAAACAGGAAACUGCGUCAACACAACCAACGGUCACAACAACAGCAACAACAAUUAAAAGAUGCGUUUCAGGCUCAGAUGAAGAAAGAAAAGUUGAAGGAACAACAGCAGGGUAUGGUACAACGACACAAGAGCAGCAUUGAAGAGCCGGUAGUAGAGCCCACAGACCAUUCUAAGAUCAAUGGAUACAGCCCUGAAACGUUGUCAACCAACUUGAGCGUUUCUAAAAAGUCUUUCUCUGGAAUCGAUAAAGAAAUCGAACAGUUAGCUCAAUUUGAAAGCAAGACGAAGAAGAAGCCCCCGUCAUCUGCAGUACCAGGACAAGUGUCGGCUGGAAAAAUGGAGCCAAAGUUAAGUCUUAAUCAGAUUAAGGUGAACCAGCUUCAACGGGAACGUGUGGUACCUACUGAAGUGCCUCCAGGACAAACUGUUACAACCCCUGGGCCCACAAGAAGUGGGUCCCAGGUGGCGUCUCAAACAACGGUCUCCCAGCAACCUCUAGGCUCUUUUUCUGGACCAAGAAAUACCAGUUAUUCUAAUUUACAGGGGCCCCAGGGUGUCCAGGUGCCUGCGACUAGUUAUAGCGGUGCAGUCGUCAAUGGACCAUGGCCCAGUGGCCCUGAUAACGUACAAUGGGCUCCAAGCAUGGAAGAUCCUCAGUGGCAUCCUGUUGCAGAGCCCCAGCCGCCAUGGCCGGCGGGGACGGAGGGCACUGCCUGGCCAGUAACAGUUAAUUCUGGGUCAAACUCUAGUGGACAGUAUGUUGUGAGAAUGUCACAGCCGUUUGUUCCUGCUGCAAAUGUGGCAGGUCAGCCUUAUGUGGUGCAAACUGUGCCACAUCAGCAAAUGCCCCAUCGGUAGUAUUUGGGUAUUUCAGAUUAUUUUGUUCGUGUUGAAUUAAGAUGAAAAAAAGCAAGAAGUGCUCUUGAAUUUUAUAUUAAGAGAGAAAUUGAUUACAAGCCCAUGCCACCAUGGUUUUGCAUGCUUUUACCGUACGGUAAAGAAAUAAUACGACCCACUGGGCUAACUCGGAAAGAAACGGGCAAAUAAAACAUGGCUUGUAAGCCUUAAGCCGAUCGGCAUGCAAAACUAGGCAGUAAAUCAAGAGUGCUUCAUAUUCGCACACAACUAGACAAUUGAAAAGGAAAUGUAAUUUAUAUGUUGCACAAACUUGUAAUGUACUGAAGCUUGGUAUAUUUUUGUUAGUUCUCAAGGCAUCAGAGGGCCUACCCACUGGGGUCGGCAAUAGCCAUAUUAUUUUUACUUUACCUAUACAGAAAUAAGAUGACAUUAGAAUUAAAAAAAAAAAAAAUACUGGAUAAAGCAUAUUUGUAAGCAUUGGUACAUUGAUUGUGGAGCGGAUGUAUCAUUUGAAAGAACAUUUUGCAAAGAAUAUUUUGAAGUAAUUUCGGUUUUUUUUUGUUCUUUAAAGAAUUUGUAUUGAAGCGUUGUGUACUAAUUCUGUGUUUGAGGUGACUUGGCGAAUGUUUUUCCUUUAUCAAGUAUACUGACAAAAUGGUAUCUGUCUUUGCAGUUACUUCUGAACAUAAACUUAGCCAUGUGAGCUCAGCAAUAGGAAAAGUAACGGAAAGCAGUUUUGUUUUAUGCCCGCAGUUCUUCCUUAGAAAGGGCACUUUUGAAAACCCUAACGGACCCCGUUAUGCAGAAGUUCUUAAAUGAAUAUAUCCAACCUAUCUUAUAGCCAAGCAAUAUCUAGAACAUGAACAUUUCUAUUGUACUACCAGAAGGCUUUGUAUAAUUGCUGUGGCAACUGUUUCUGUAGGCUUCAGUGAUGCACUGUAUCACGAAAAAAGGAAAAGUAAAAUGCUACAUUGUAAUUAUCAGUAGCCCCCUUGAAAACUUAAGUUUCUAGAUUGGAGGAAAAGAGGUGUUCAUUACAUUUGCUGAUAUAGCGAAGGCCUUGAAAUCAUUGUACGUGUGCUUUAGGUAGAGAAUAAGUCGUUCAUAUGUUCACUCUGGGUUCUUUUUGGCGCAUACCAGAAUUUUGUAGUCUUUCCAGGGACGAUUUUGACUCGGCUUCGUCUUUCAUUUGAAUAAAAUUGAAUCAUUCUUCCAUAA